AUGGAGAGAGAGGCAGGCAUACCUGAGGGGGAAAGGUCAGGAGCGAUGCGGCUAGUUGCGGGUUCAAGUCACCGGCGAGGUUAUCACCCACCUCAACCAGACGCGCUAACGAGACUAGAUGAUGAACAGUGGAGUCCGGCUCAGGGACAAGCAGGCGGGCAGUUUGACGCUGACAGGGUUGUCGUGGCUCCGGAGACGACCGUGGCAGGGCAGGCAAGGUACGUUUUAGAUCUUAUCGAACCGUUGGGCGGUGGGCAGCCCGUCCAAAUCACAAGCGACCGAGAAAGGAAAAGCGAAAGGCGUGGACGACUGAAUGAACUCCAUCCCCAAUUGCGCUGCCUGAAGGCAAAGGCGGGCGGUGAUCCUCGGCCAAGACUCGGUGGUGGGCGUCGUAUGAUCGCGGGAGACGGCGCUUCCGGCAAACCGAGCCAGACUCUUUCAGUCACUUCAUCGAGUGGCGCCAGAUGUACGGGAGUGAGUAAGGAAGGCUGCGGCAAAACUAAAAAUAACAUGCCUCGGGGUCCCACUUACUCACUCUCCAAUGUCUUGGGUACGAUAAAAGAAUUGAGCUUACUUAUUAGCCUUUCAUCGUUUGACUGGGAGAUGUGGCUCUCCAGAUACUCGGCUAGAGACGGAAACAUGUGCAAAGUGCUAUGCACUGGAGGCUUGAAGACGACCUUCGAUGCUGCUUUUACUAUUGUUAUUGUAUUCAUUCUCUAUGCCCGUGCGUCGAAGAGUUUCCACCAGACAGAUAUCCGCCUCUCAGCAGUCCGGACUAUUUCCAGAAUGACCAAGCAAAGCGAGGAGGGAGAAUCAGGGCAUGGGCAGAGUUGCAUAAUGCAUGGGCGUAAAGCACUUAGGCAAAGGAAACCUUUUCCGGCGAGAUGCCAUUGA